AUGCUCGGUGCGCUUUCACACGCAGCAUCACCUACAAUGGUUUUCUGCAAAGAUGCCAACUUUGGCGGCACUUGCGUUAACUUGCCAGUAGUCUCUGAUUCUUGUGUCGACUUCAAAGGUGGCCUUAGCUUUCUUUACCACGAGGUUUCCUCAGUAAGAGUCCCAUCCGGCUUUGUCUGCUCGCUCUCUAGGUAUUAUGGUUGCACCAAUUCUGAAGUCUUUCUCAUAUCUGGAUCCUACUCCAACUUAUUUUCUGCGCCUACUGUCUACGGUACCACCAAUUUCAAUGAUUUAACGGCCAGCGUUCUUUGCAGUCCUAUUUGA